AUGAGGACCUCUGCUAUCCUCGUGGCCGCUAUCGCCGCCGCCGCGGCGUUCGCCGGCAUGUGCCAUCCCGCGCAAUCCUUGACGUUCAUUCCGCCACCGAAGACGACGGUCAGCGGCACGUGCCAGGCGGCUCACGAAGCCGACAGCCGAGUGAACGCGACCUUCUGCACCACCCGCCUGCGCAAGGAGCCCAGAGCGAUCGACGCCGACACGGCAGGCCUCGCCGAGGCCGCCACGGCCGUGGGCUUCCGCAACGCCGAAGCCGCACGGUCCAAGGUCGGGACGGCGCUCAGGCGGCGCGACGAAGGGGACGAGCAGGUGCUGGACCCGAUAUACGGGAGCAGGCUGGAGCGGUGCGACGUGCUUUACGGCGUCAUCUGCGAGAAGUACGCGGUGGCGCGGGAGGCGAUCACUGAGCAAAGGUACGGCGACGUCGAGAGGGAGCUGUCGAGUGUCCCAUUGCUAGGGCACAUGUGCGACUCCGGGAUCGCCCGUGCACGCCGCGCCGGCCCGUCGCCGUUCCUGCAAUACAGUGAGGAUAACACGCAGAUCACGCUCCUCACCCUCGCCAUCACCAGCCUGAUCAAGUGA